CCGUGCCCGGAUUGCUCCGUUGGGUUGUUCUCUUUCGGCGGCAGGAUCGGGGAAGUCGGGCGCCCAUCGCGGCUGUUGGCCACCAGCGGGGCUUGUUGGAAAGGGCGUCGGGAGUGAAUCCCGGCUGCUUCCAGGUUUUCUCCCCUUCCCGAGAAUCUCUUUUGUUUUUUGAGGAGGCACCUUUUUAUGUGUUCAGAAACUAUGAUUGGUAACCAUGGAGCAGAACCAUGAAGGUGUUCAAGAUGGUUGCUUCAACUUGGAAAGAAAAUGCUUGGAAAUUCUUUGGAGGAACAUUGCAAGAUACAGGAUUGUAUAUCUUGCUGGUGUAAUCAUACAUGCUUAAAGUCUGAAUGAAGAAGACAUUUACAUCACCUUGUGUAAGUGUGCACUGGAGCAGGGGAAAUUGCCUGUGAGUUCAACUGAUCCCCUUGUAUCAAUGGAUGCUAGCCCCACAAACAUAAUCUCAAAAGUGAACAGAUCUUGAGAAGCAGGAAGAGCAGCAUGAGUGACUCUUUUGGGAUUGGGUUUGUUUCAAGCAGGUGGAACACAGUGCCAUGAGAAAGUCUGUCAUCCAUGACAAGGUGGGAUUAUCAUGAUCGAAUACUCCAUUUUGAUUUUAAACAGUGGCCAAGAGCAUUGCAUGGUCAACAGCACAGACUGGACUUUUAAAGACAGUAUAACAGGCCUGUGACAGAAGAUUAGACAACAUCAGUGGAGUCAUGCUUCACACAGCCAUAUCAUGCUGGCAGCCAUUUCUAGGUCUGGCUGUGCUGCUGCUUUUCAUGGGCUCUACCAUAGGCUGCCCAGCGCGUUGUGAGUGUUCAGCACAGAACAAGUCUGUCAGCUGUCACCGGAGGCGCCUGACUGCCAUCCCCGAGGGCAUCCCCAUUGAGACUAAAAUCCUGGAUCUUAGCAAGAACAAGCUAAAAAACAUCAGCCCGGAGGAAUUCACAUCUUACCCACUCCUUGAGGAGAUAGAUCUCAGUGACAACGUCAUCGCCAAUGUAGAGCCAGGAGCCUUUAACAAUCUGUUUAACUUGCGCUCCUUGAGACUCAAAGGAAACCGUCUGAAGCUGGUUCCUUUAGGGGUAUUCACUGGACUGUCAAACUUAACAAAGCUAGAUAUCAGUGAAAAUAAGAUUGUCAUUCUACUGGAUUACAUGUUCCAGGAUCUACACAACUUGAAGUCCCUCGAAGUAGGGGAUAAUGAUCUGGUAUAUAUAUCCCACAGGGCAUUUAGUGGACUACUUAGCCUGGAGCAGCUUACUUUGGAAAAAUGCAACCUAACAGCUGUACCAACAGAAGCCCUCUCCCACCUUCACAACCUCAUCAGCCUGCACCUGAAACAUCUCAGUAUUAACCUUUUGCCUGCAUUUGCCUUUAAGAGAUUGUUCCGCCUGAAAAAUCUAGAAAUUAACUACUGGUCUAUGCUGGACAUGAUGCCUAGCAACAGCUUAUAUGGGCUGAACCUCACUUUUCUCUCCGUCACCAACACCAAUUUGUCCACAAUACCUUAUUCAGCUCUGAAGCAACUGGUUUACCUAACACACUUGAACCUCUCCUACAACCCCAUCAGCACCAUUGAGUCAGGCAUGCUUGCAGAAUUGGUGCGCCUACAGGAGCUUCACAUAGUUGGGGCCCAGUUGCGCACCAUUGAACCCCAUGCUUUCCAAGGGCUCCGGUUCCUGCGUGUGCUAAAUGUGUCCCAAAACUUGUUAGAAACCAUAGAAGAGAAUGUGUUCCAUUCCACCAAAGCCCUUGAAAUCCUCUCCAUAAACAACAACCCUCUUGCUUGUGACUGUCGCCUCCUUUGGAUAUUACAAAGGCAGCCCAUGCUGCAAUUUGGCAUCCAGCAGCCCAUGUGCGCUGGCCCUGACAGCGUCAAAGAAAGGUCCUUCAAGGACUUCCACAGCACUGCCCUUUCUUUCUACUUCACUUGCAAGAAGCCCAGGAUCCAAGACAAGAAACUGCAAUACUUGGUGGUAGAUGAAGGGCAAACAGUACAGCUCAUGUGCAGUGCAGAUGGUGAUCCUCAACCAACCAUCUCCUGGGUGACUCCACGCCGAAGACUGGUCACCAUGAAAUCCAAUGGAAGAGCCACAGUACUAGGAGAUGGCACACUGGAAAUCCGAUUUGCUCAAGAUCAAGACAGCGGGACCUAUGUUUGCAUUGCAAGCAAUGCUGCUGGGAACGACACCUAUGCAGCCACCCUUACUGUCAAAGGAUUUGCCUCGGAUCGGUUCCUUUAUGCUAACAGGACUCCCAUGUACAUGACGGACUCCAAUGACACCAGUUCCAAUGGAACCAAUGUGAAUACAUUUUCUCUUGACCUCAAGACAAUACUGGUGUCAACAGCCAUGGGCUGUUUUACAUUCCUUGGGGUGGUUUUAUUUUGUUUCUUACUUCUUUUUGUGUGGAGCCGAGGGAAAGGCAAGCAUAAAACCAAUAUUGACCUUGAGUAUAUCCCCCGUAAAAACAAUGGUGCGGUGGUGGAAGGGGAGGUUCCUGGACCACGCAGGUUUAAUAUGAAAAUGAUUUGAUGGCUAUGCUGCUAGCAUUUUCUCUCUCUCUCUCUCUCCUGUGGCAUUCUAACCAAUUCAAUGAGCCUGGCACAUGGGAAUUGCCAGGUUAAAAGCAGCUUCACAUGGCUGCUGUCGUGUCAAAUGGUACAUGGAAACCAGGAAGAGUAUCUAAGGUUGUACAGCAAAAGCCUCUUCUUUUGGGGCUGAGUGUGUAUGAGGGCUUUUUGCAGAGUUGGUAUAUAGUACUGAUUGUUUGCAUUGCAAAUUUUUUGGCAUUCUGGGGAUCUCAGUAAUGAAUUGUCGGCUCAUGCUCAUGGACAGUUAUUCAAAACAUUUUCUACCACUUCAAAAAAUAAAAGAAAAAAAAAGAAACCCUACAGUGUAGGAUUUACAUAUUUAAAGAAAAAAAGAGACACAUUUGUCUACUACAUACUCUGCAGUGAAAUUUGUAUCUAUAGAUCUCAUUUGCUAAAGCCUUGCAUCAUACAUACCUUCUAGUUGGUUCGACACUACAAAGAUCAAUGUAUUAUUGUAUUUUUUUUAAUAUACAUAUUUACUGUGUACAUUUUAAAGCAAUACAGAUGAGAAGUUUUGUUCCUUCCACAACAACUGACCGAGUGUGAUGUCGCUCUUCCCAUAAUUACAGCCAAAUUUCCAGAUUAGACCUCCGUAGUCACCAAUGAAUGAUGCUAUCUAUUCCAAGACCAGAAAGGAACCAACCAUUGAGGCAGGCAACCAUUACUGUGUCUUGUUGCUCUUCUCUGUGUGUAAAGAAAAGGCAUGUGCCUCAUUUUGAUAUAGAAUGGAAUAUUUUUGUAAAAUAUCUCUGAUAUCAAUCUGGACCAGUCUACUGUAAAAGAGUCCUAGGUCCAAUUUCCUAGUCUUUGUUGGCGUAAAAGUUGGCAAACUACAGGUUUAUCAUAAUGCUUUAUUCUGCUCCCCACCCCCCACCCCCACUAGUCUUCUGAUUUUUGUUUUGAAUCCACUGUUAACAUGUUAAUGUAGAAUGGGAGGCAGUACCAAGGUAAUUCAUACCAUCAUCCUCGGGAGGUUCUGUCAACAUUGGAUUUGAGGAAGAAAAUGAAAAAUAUAUAAAAGUUUAGCCGGUAGGCAUAAACUGCCCCAUGGUGCCAAUAAGCCAAUAAACCAAUAAGAAGAGAUGCUAUUCAACAAAAUGUUCCACAGAUAACAGCUUUCAGGAGGCCAAAGUACUACCAAAUUUUGCUUCCCCACCCCCUCCACAAAGGAGAUGUAACCUGAUGGGAAACUACCUAAAGGGUGCCAUGUUUGAUUCUGGCUUGUUUGUUUUUUAAAGGAGCAAAGGGAGGUUUGCCAGACAUGAUUUAUCAAAGUGUAAAGACCCUCCCUGGAUAUAUACCAGGUUAAACUGGGGGGAGGGGAAUCUGUGUAUUUUAAGACCAUUAUAGUGGCUUCAAAAAUACCUCACAAUAUCUAUAGCAAUUGUACAACAUAGGGCAAGCAGUCACCUUUUCUAAGCAAGGGCAUUUGUACCGUUGGAAAGCAUACUUAGUACAUAGUCCAUUUUUAAAGAAUUGUUCAAUCUAUAGAUGCUCCUGGGAAUAUUCAUAGGUGGUCUUGAAGCUUUGAGUGUGAGAACCAGCUGGGCUCCCUGAGCAGCAUCUCCUUAGUGAUGAAAUGUACUGUGAGAACUGGUGAUACAUAAAUGCACUGUGCAAAUGGGAUCUGUGAACGCAGCAGCCAACACGGAAGCCACUAAGUAGAGACACUACAGGUGCACAGCCCAUCCCCUGUCCUGUCACGCUAGGUAGAUCAAGGGUCUGCAACCUGGUACCAUUAAUGAGCCAAAAUAUCAACAUUCAAAAAAAAGAGAUUAACAAAGAACAAGCAUUGGAGGGCUUAUUUCCAUAAAUUAAACCAUAUAACUACCAAGUACUGGUAAUUGAGAUGUUGGUUAAUAAUCCUUAAAGUUUCUGCAGGCCAAAACCAUCCUUUAUUAGGAUGUGGUGCACACACAGAGCAAUCCUGAGCAGACCCACACAGAAGUCAGUCCCAUUUUUUUCAGUGGGUCUUACUCCCAGGAAAGUUUUCUUAGGAUUACAGCCAUAAGACCUCCCAAUAAUAUGCACAUGAGCACCCUGCAUAAUUAUUUUAUUCACUGGCAAAUACCUGUACACUUGGAUUAUAUUGCUAAAAAGUCCUUUAGGUCCAUAAAAAUCUUUCUUGCCAAUCUUUUCACCUACUGGUUACCCUAGCAUCCAAGAGCCAUAGUUGUUUCCGUACUGUGGAGCAGCAGUGGCGUAGGAGGUUAAGAGCUCAUCUAAUCUGGAGGAACCGGGUUUGAUUCUCCGCUCUGUCGACUGAGCUGUGGAGGCUUA